UCUACUUUCACCCGUCCUUCACACAUCUUUUAUGAGUGAAAGAGACGGAUUGUUGUUUUCCUUUCUCGUAUACGUCAUUUCACAUUUCUCCGGUUUGUUGAAGUGGCUAUAUGAAAUCAGUGUCGUUGUUCCAUUGGUAUCGUUCGUUUUAGGGCUGGCGUGUGAUUUCUAAUAAUUAUAAUUUAAUUGACUGUGAACAGCCAAAGAGGUGUGACAGCGGUAGCGAUCGAUCUUGUAUCGAUUUUAUUACAGACGAGCAAAAGAAGUCAAUUUACAAGACGGAGUGCGAGUUCAACAAUGAAGCUCUCCCUAGUGUUUGAGCUUCUGUUAAUAUUUGUGUUACUAGCAUUUGCAGCCUCUAAAAAUAUCGGAAAUCAGAAAAACAACAAGAAAGGCAUUCAAAAGCAAAAUGAUGACAUAAAAAUAGAAGAUAACAGUAUUAAUAGGUUCUGCAAGUGUUCUGAGGCGUACUGCAACUGUUGCCGAGAUUUCGCCGUUCCUGUAAUCAAUUUGAACGGUCCAGGAUGUGCUUCGCUAAUGUACUUAAGUGGCGAUAAAAUGUCCGUAUCAUUAAGCUUCGGUAAUAAAGUCAUCACUAAUCGGACACUCUCCAGUCGCAAACCUAGUCCUGUUUGCAUGCCUCUACCCGGAGGUAUAUCAAAGUUCUGUGGACGAGUGUAUAAUAUAGCGAGAGCAGGAGAAGAGUUUAGAGCCUGUCUCGGCUUGGAACUACAAGCUAAGAAUACUGUUGAAGCAGCAGUAAGAGUAUCCUGUUUCAAGUUCGGCCCUAGAGGUGUAACUUCUGAGCCAGCUGAUCCGCUGCCGUUAGUGCCUCAGGAUGAAAAGGAUGCAGAUGACGACGACGAUGACGACGACGACGACGACGACGAUGACGUCGUCGAUUUUGGUAUCGACGCUGAUGAUGAUGAUGACGACGAUGAUGAAGAAGAGACCGAUGAUGAUGACGAAGGUGAUGAUGGUGGUCUCGAUGCAGUCAACGAUGUAGACAGCGCAGACUACACAGGAUUCAGUCUUCUCGGAGAAGAUUUACUAGGAGGCCUAUUCGGUUCGUCCGGUGGCAAAAAACCGACAAAGAAUAAAAAUAAACAAGCUCCAUUUACAACUACCACGACGAGCCGUCCGCGUCCCGUCCGUAGACCGAUCAGACCUGUUAGACCUGCUACAACACUUAGGCCAUAUGUUACAAGGAUUACUACAAUUAGAGUUCGACCGGUCAACCGUAGACCUACACGCAGACCAUUAAGAAGACCAGGUACUACUAUACGACCAAUAAGUGCUUCUUCCGUUACGGCAGAUAAAAGUGCUACCGUUCCAACGAUAUCUACAACCAUGGCACCUUUAACAUCCGUAACCACGGAGGUUAAAGCUCCUUCAAUUGAAAUACAAGAAAACGCUCAAAGUGAGACUCAUCAGGUAAUACCUAUAACUGAAAAACUUUUACCAACUCAGGAAUCGACGACGCCUAAAAGUGAUACCACGUUUGAAGAUUCAGGUUUAGAAAUGUCCUUAGCCCAUAUAACUGAUCAACUUUCUCUUAAUAUUAUGCCAGUUACUCAAUUAGUACCAACAGAACAAGUCAAAGAGGAUGAUGUGAAAGCCACUACGGAAAAAGAGAUGAAUUUUGAAAAAAUCGAAACAAUUACUUCUAAGCCACACUCUAAAAUCCCUUUUGCAACGACAGUUGACGAUGAUGAAAAUGAAGAAACGGUGCAAAUAGUCCAAACUCUGGAUUCCCCUGAAGAGCAUGCUGCUGAUAGUGAAAAUGUAGUAGAUGAAACUAGAUCACAUCAUGAAUCAAAUCAUCAUUACGAAGGACUUUCUCUGCCCAAGAAAAAGCAUAGAGGAGGAAAUUUCAAUUUAGAUGAUUUAGAUGUUCUUGAUUUAACUGGUAUUGGAGAAAGUGUUGGUCAUCAAUUAGGCAUUUUCGGUAGACAUAAACGGCAAAACAAAAAUAAAGUUAACAAACCUCACAACAUGAGAGGUUUUAACGAUUAUGAUGAUAUUCUUGGAUUGGAAGCUUUAAGUGAAUCAAUCGCUUUUCCCGAUAUCGAUGAUCUUAGCAGGAAAGACAGAAGAAGACAAAACAAAAUGAUGAGAGGUUUAUGGCCUCAGUGAUUAUAAGUCAAUCUAGUAGUAAUUCUUAGCUUAUUAUUUAUUUAUUUAUUUCUACAUAUUAAAUUGUAAA